UGAAUGGGAGGAUGUUGCCACAUGCGCGACAACCGUGAAAGGAAAGACACGUACACCUGCCCCAGUACCUACCAAAACAAUGUCCAGAUCAGUCGAUGAUCCCUGUGAAGGAUUGCCGAAUGGUAACUACCCCGACCCAGAUGAGUGCACCAGGAUUUACUCCUGCAGUAAUGGAAUCGCUUACCUCAUGGACUGUCCAGAAGAUCUUUACUACAACGAGAAGACGGAUCAGUGUGACUCCCCUGAAAAUGUCGACUGUGGUUGCAGCGACGGGUAUGAACAAUAUGAUCGCAAAUGCUACAAAGCGUUUGGCGAUAAGGAGCCAUACGAAGAAGCUUUUGCAACGUGCCGGGAUGAUGGCGGAGUUCUGGCCAUGCCACGCGAUGAGGGCACUCACGAGUUUUUGAUCCCCCUGAAGAAUAAGGUCGACAGCGAAGACGCCUUCUGGCUGGGGAUCAACCGGGUAGAAGGAGGGGAAUUCGCGUACUACGACGGGACCCCGCUGACCUUCCAGGCUUGGUACCCGGGAGAACCGAGCGACACCGGAGGUCAGGAGGACUGUAUUAUGUUUUAUGGCCCGGGAUGGGACAACAAGUGGAACGACAUACCGUGCUUUGGACCAGAACAUCCAUUCAUCUGCGAGAAAUUUUACCGAGUCUAGAGGGAAGGGGACCAGGUGAAUACGCAGAUGCAUCGUCCACUACCGAAACCGAGUCAACAUCAUCUAGGCUUUACCAGCUCUGCACCGUUUUCAUCAGCAUCUGUAUGUUUCUAGGCCUUGUCAUUAUUAUAAUCAACUUCUGCAUCUUUAUUCAACUUUAUAGAAAUAGACAAAGAUUACUUGGCGGGUUAUAACACUAU